AUGGAUGAAGUGAAAACUCUGGAAGAAAAUGUAACUACGAAUGGUGACGGGUCGGCUAAUUUGGUCAAAAAUGAAGAAUUAGAACCUCAAACCCAGGUAAGGGAGAUGGAUGCUAAUAAUGGUAGAGACGUUAUUGGUGAAGAAAAUCCAUCAGAUGGACCUGAAAUUGAACAAAAAGCCUCAACCCAUCCAAAACCAUUGGAUUCUCCAAUAGAUGAUCGGUUAACGCCUUCCCCAGAACCCCUUGUCCAGCAAAGUGGAGAAAACCCCAAUGAUCUUUUGUCGGGAAGAGAAGAAGAUGGUUUGAUGGGUCGGGAUCAUGUUCAAGAAGAUGUCAUGCCAUCAGAACCAGAACGAGCACAGGAUCAUGUUCAAGAAGAGGUUAUGCCAUCAGUUGUGUCAGAACCAUCAAAACCGGAACCAAAACUAGAAUCAAAUGAUCUGACGGGUUCGGCUCAUGUUAAUGUUAUACCAUCAGUUGUGUCAGAACCAGAACAAGCCUUAAAUGAUCCUAUAGAUGUUACAGAAGACGUUAUGCCAACGGUUGUUUCAGAACCACAACCAUCAAAACCAGAAUCAGAAUCAAAUGAUGAAAUGGGUUCGGCUCAUGUUCAAGAGGAUGUUAUUUCAUUCGUUCCGUCAGAAACAUCAGAUUCAGAACAAAAACCAAAUGAUCUGACGUCCCAAACAGAGAAAGAUGCUCUUAUGGGUCGGGUUCAUGUGCAAGAAGAUGUUAUGCCCUCGGUUCCAUCAGGAGGAACAUCAGAAUCAAAACCAAAUGAUGUAUUGUCUGAAACAGGUGAAGAUGGUCUUGUGGGUCUAGAUCAUGUUCAAAAAGAUACCAUUUCAUCAGAAACACCCGAACCAAAUGAUCCCAAACCAAGAGAAGAUGGUCCUACUGCUCGGGUUAUAGUUCAAGAGGAUGUCAUUUCAUCAUCAGUUGAGUCAGAAACAUCAGAAAAGAAACUAGAAUCAAAUGAUCCCGAAACAAGAGAAGAUGGUCCUCAGGCACAGGGUCAAGUUCAAGAGGAUGUUAUUUCAUCAAAACAAGAACCAAAACCAACUGUAGAUGGUGUGUUACCAAACGACUCUCUUAAACAUGUUCAAUUACGUGCUAAUUGUCAACCAAAAUCACCUUUGGGACCUGUAAGCGGUAAAAUAACUCAGAACCGUGAAGAAGCAUCAUCGAGGGAGGUCUCUCCCAAAUCGGAUAAAGUUGGUUCGGAAAAGCAGCUUGAGAAAUCGAACAUUAAGAUAGGUGAUAUUGAUACAACUGCACCAUUUGAAUCUGUUAAAGCAGCUGUCUCCAUGUUUGCUGGAAUCGUUGAUUGGAAAGCCCAUAAGAUACGGAUUGCAGAGAGGCGUAAGUAUGUACAACAAGAACUUCGAAAAGCACACUAUGAGAUGCCGUUGUUUAAGAAAAAGGCUGAGGCUGCCGAGGAAGAGAAACGGCAGGUCUUAAAGGAGCUCGACGACACCAAAAGACUCAUAGAAGAAUUGAAAUUAAACCUCGAGCGAACACAAACCGAAGAGCGCCAAGCCAAACAAGAUGCCGAGCUUGCAAAACUACGAGUCGAAGAGAUGGAGCAAGGGAUUUCGGAUGAUUCUAGUGUUGCCGCCAAGGCGCAACUAGAGGUCGCCCAAGCGCGAAAUCAAGCAGCAAUUGCUGAGCUGAAAAGAGUAAAAAACGAGCUCGAAAACCUCCAGAAAGAUUACGAUUUAUUGCUAAUGGAAAGAGAUAUCGCAAUAAAGAACGCUGAAGAGGCUGUUUCCAAUUCGAGAGAAAUAGAAAAGACGGUAGAAGGGUUGACGAUCAAACUGAUUACAACGAAAGAGGCGUUAGAAUCGGCACAUGCCGCCCAUUUGGAGGCGGAGGAACACCGGAUCGGAGUAGCGAUGGCUCGAGAUCAAGAUGCGUCGAAUUGGGAGAAAGAAUUACAGCAAGCACAAGAGGAAUUGGAGAAAGUUAACCGGCAGAUCAUUUCGACCGAAGAACUUAAGUCAAAACUCGACACGGCUUCGGCUUUGCUUCAAGAUCUGAAGCUCGAAUUAGCAGCUUAUAUGGGAGAAGAAAAGGAAAGUAAUGAAUCCCAGAAGAUAAAUAACAGUACCCAUAAAGAUAUACAAUCAGCUGUGGAUUUAGCAAAGAUGAAUCUUGAACAAGUGAAGAAAGAGAUUGAAAAAGCAACGGAAGGUAUCAAUCAUUUGAAACUCAAAGCAACUUCUUUGAAUUCCGAGCUCGAGAAAGAGAAAGCGACAUUGGUUGCCAUUCGGCGAACGGAAGGGAUGGCUUCGGUGACGGUCGCUUCUCUCGAGGCCGAGUUAAAAACAAUGACUUCCGAGCUCGAUCUCGUUCGAAAGAAAGAGAAGGAAGCGCGAGAAAAGAUGGCUGAACUUCCGAAACAACUUCAGAAGGCGGCCGAGGAGGCUGAUCGCGCGAAAUCGCUUGCGAGAGCCGCCCGUGAAGAGCUACAGAAAGCGAAGGAAGCGGCGGAUCAAGCAAAGGCUGGAGAAAAUAGAAUGACAACCAGAUUAAACGCGACUCAGAAGGAGAUCGAGGCGGCACGAGCAUCGGAACGGUUGGCUCUCGGAGCGAUUAGCGCACUUCACGAGAGUGAGUCGGCUCGAAGUAAUAAAAACGAACUGGAAUACGGAGUUACACUUUCUUUGGAGGAAUACUAUGAACUAAGCCGAAAAGUCCAAGAAGCCGAAGAUCAGGCGAAUUUGCGGGUUACCGAAGCCAUUUCCCAAAUCGAUGUAGCAAAAGAGUCAGAAACGAAAGCACUAGCCAAACUCGGCCAAAUAAACACCGAUUUGGUUUCGAGAAAGGAGGAACUUUCAAUUGCAAUGCAAAAGGCUCAGAAGGCUAAAGAAGGAAAAUUGGUUGUAGAACAAGAGCUUAGAACAUGGAGAGCCGACCAUGAGCAAAAGCGAAAAGCCCGCGAUGAUGGUUGUCAGAGAGGGGUGGUUCAGGGUUCGAACACAAAAGGGACCACUGACAUGCAACCACCCAGCCAUUCGGCUCACAAUCAUAAGCCCGAUACAAAACCCGAAACCAACAACAACGGGACCGGGUCAUCUCGUGAAACGAAGCCUCGAAAGAAGAAAAGAAGGUCGUUUUUCCCGAGAUUUUUCAUGUUCUUUAGCAGGAAGAAACAUUCAAACAAGAGUACAUGA